CCAGAUGCAGCUUCCUGUUUGUAUCAUGUGAUCAGUAGUUCCUCUUGUACUGAACAAGCGGCUGCUGGUGUUUUUAUGCUGCUGUCACUGUGAAGAUCACGUACAAUACAGUCACUGCGUUUGUCCAUAAAGGAGAAACAUUAUAAGAAUAUCUGACAAAUUCAGUUGCUGAACAAGACAAUGUCUGACAAGAACCAAGCCUCAGACCUUCCUGAUGCACACGGAGAUGAAGAUAAAGCUGAUAUAGUAAAAGUUGAGAUAACAGAAGAACUGUGUCUGAGACGUCAGCUGGGAGCCCCAGAUGAGGAAACCAAUAACAGUAUCAGCCCAGACGCAGAUAACGCUAAUAUAGUAAAAGUUGAGAUAACAGAAGAUCUGUGUGUGAGGCGUCCGCAGGGAGCUCCGGAUGAGGAAACCAGUGACCGUAUCAGCCCAGUCCGUAUGUAUGUGACGCCUUCAGAUGGCUCAGCGAUUGAGCACGGAGAAGACCCAUAUGUAUGUGAUCAGGUGAAGAAUGAGGAGGAUGAAGUUUCUAUAUAUACGUCUACAGGUGAAUUUAAAAACUGCAGUAAUCCUAGUCCUAGCCAUGGUGAAAAUACAGAUACUUGUUUUAAUCUUCUUCAAAAGCAAAGAUGCAUCAUUGGAAAAUUAUGUUCUGAAUAUGGACAAUGCUUUACCAGGAACUCAAAUAUUUUAAGACAUCAGAAAUGUCAUACAGGAAAGAAAGCAUUUUCAUGUUCUGAAUGUGGGAAGUGUUUUACUGAGAAAUCAACUCUUAUUAGGCAUCUGAAAAUUCAUACAGGAGAGAAAGAAUUUUCAUGUUCUGAAUGUGGGAAAUGUUUUAAUCAGAAAACAAACCUUAUUUCUCAUCAGAAAACUCAUACAGGAGAGAAAGCAUUUUCAUGUUCUGAAUGUGGAAAAUGUUUUACUGAGAAAUCAUAUCUUAUUACUCAUCAGAAAAUUCAUACAGGAGAGAUAGCAUUUUCAUGUUCUGAAUGUGGGAAAUCUUUUACCAAGAAAUCAACUGUUGUUACACAUCAGAAAAUUCAUACAGGAGAGAAAGCAUUUUCAUGUUCUGAAUGUGGGAAAUGUUUUAAUCGGAAAACUAAUCUUAUUUCUCAUCAGAAAACUCAUACCGGAGAGAAAGCAUUUUCAUGUUCUGAAUGUGGGAAAUGUUUUACUGAGAAAUCAACUCUUACUAAGCAUCAGAGAAAUCAUACAGGAGAGAAAGCAUUUUCAUGUUCUGAAUGUGGGAAAUGUUUUGCUCGGAAAUCACAUAUUAUUACACAUCAUAAAACUCAUACAGGAGAAAAGGCAUUUUCAUGUUCUGAAUGUGGAAAAUGUUUUGCCCUGAAAGGAAAUCUUAUUACACAUCAUAAAAUUCAUACAGGAGAAAAAGCAUUUUUAUGUUUUGAAUGUGGGAAAUGUUUUGCUCUCAAAUCAGCUCUGACUAGGCAUCAUAAAAUUCAUACUAGAGAGAAAUCAUUUUCAUGUUCUGAAUGUGGUAAAUGUUUUACCAGCAAAGGAAAGUUUGUUACUCACCAAAAAAUUCACACAGUAGUGAAAAGAGUUUCAUGUUCUUAAUAUGGGAAAGGUUUUGCUCAGAAGUAAGAAAGCAUUUUUAAUAAAAACGUGUCCGUGUUUAACAUGCA